CACACCUCUGUUCAUUAUUUUCUGUUUUCUAGUCCUCCAUACUGCUGAGAACAACGCUUAACAGCGCACACAUUUCGCCUUAUAAAACAGGAAUCUCUGUCUACUCAAUCUAUAAGGAGCCAUGGCCCGUACCAAGCAGACUGCCCGUAAGUCCACUGGAGGCAAAGCCCCCCGUAAGCAGCUGGCCACCAAGGCUGCCCGUAAGAGCGCCCCGUCAACUGGGGGCGUCAAGAAGCCUCAUCGCUACAGGCCUGGUACCGUGGCCCUGCGUGAGAUCCGUCGGUACCAGAAGUCCACUGAGCUGCUGAUCCGUAAGCUGCCCUUCCAGCGCCUGGUGAGGGAGAUCGCCCAGGACUUCAAGACCGACCUGCGCUUCCAGAGUGCUGCCAUCGGAGCUCUGCAGGAGGCCAGUGAGGCUUACCUGGUUGGUCUGUUUGAGGACACCAACCUGUGCGCCAUCCACGCCAAGCGUGUCACCAUCAUGCCCAAAGACAUCCAGCUGGCACGCCGCAUCCGUGGGGAGCGCGCUUAAGAAGACACCAUCUUGCUUUUAUCUAUCCUCCUAUCUACUCCCUUCCUCCCCACACCAGUCUGUCUUCCCCUCCUCUCCUUCUCUCCUCCUUACUCUCCUCCCUCUCUUCUCGGUAGUGUGUAGAGAAACAAUGAUUAUGAUCAUAAGAAUAAAGUGUAUAGUUGUGUUUUCUUAGUGCUCAAUGCAGCAGUCUUCUAGGGUACUCUUUUUGUGCAUGUAACUGCUGGUGGCUGAUCGGACGUCCGCUCUCGCACACACACACACACUCAGAUGCUAGCAGUGAGACCCUUGUACAGUAGGUGGAGAGGUGGAGAUAGAAUGGUGUAAUCGGAGCGAGAGAGCAGGUAGAAAUGGGGUGAUGGGUUAGAGUGGUGUGAGGGAGGGAGGGAGGGGUGCAGCGUUAGAGAGGUAGUACAGAGGCAGACGGGGGCAGGUGUCUGUCUGUUUGGGAGGCUAUUUUCCCUUCGCAUGGUGCUACAAAAACUGCCCUAGUCCCUCUUCCUGCUCCCCUCCCCUACCAGCCAUGGAGACAGUAGAUGGGUCCUAGCUACCACAAAGCCCUCACCCCAGGACCUUGGUUAGAUCUGAACACUGAUAUGUUAAAGCUGAAUGGGUGUCACAGAAACAUGCCCUCAUAAAGUGCUUUCACGAUGACCACCAUCUUGCUUGUCCAAAUCAGUCAGUUUUGAUAUAGCGUUGUGGAGAGGUCGGAGGUCAGGAGCAGGCCAGGGUCCAGUGCUGCUUCUCGGCAGGUGCUGCAGGUCUGUCUCCAGCUGCCCUCCGCUCCCCACUGUGGUGUGUGUUUUUGAGGACUCAGAUCAGCUCCAAAGAUUGUAUACAAUUCUCAACGUCUCUGGAGAAAUUAUUAUUAGUACAAUAAUGACCAUUGCUCCCAUUAGUUAUGAUCAUCAAAAUAGUCUUGUCUUCAUUUUUUUUCUUUGUUGAAAUGCUUUUGACAUGCCUUUUUCAUAGCAGGCAAUUAUUUGUGAAUGAAAGUAAGAUGGGGGGGAAAUGAUUGAAUAUUAAAUUUUUCUACAGAAAACUA